AUGAUGCAACAGUGGUUGUAUGAUCAAGCAUCAGAUGCUGGCAAUCGAGGCAUGAAGUCGGACCUCGAUCGUGGGCAGUACCCUGAACGUCAAGGAGAACGGUACACAUACGACGACUACUAUCAAAGAUUUGAAGAGACAUCGGAUUCCAGAUUUUACCAGAACGAUCCAAGGAGAGGCGAACCUCCCAAUCAACGCGAUCGUAGGAGACCAGACUCACCGAAUCGCUAUCGAAACAGAAGUCGAUCUCGAAGUCGCGACCGACGAUAUUCCCGA